AGCAAAUAGUUAAUGCUGUUGCUAUAAAACAGUUGAUGUGUUGGCUUAGAAAGAGAGAGACAGUGAGAGAGGGAGUGAGAGAGGGAGUAUGAGGAGCAGAUACACAUCUCUGGACAACUGAACCACAGAACUUAAAGGGAACCACCAAAGAACGGCCAGGAAUCAACCACAGAAAAUAAAAGGGAACCACCACAGAACUGAAGUAGGUAGGGGAGGGGUUUCCGGUAAGAUGACGACGUCAGGGACAUUGGGCAUGUUUCUUCUGAUGCUCUACUCGACCACGCUACCGACAUCAGGUUUGGAGUUGCUCUCGGAACCGGCGGUGAGUGGAGGGUUUGUCUCUACAGAGCUGAACAGCACAGUGUCUCUAACCUGUGUGUCUGAGGGGACAGAGUUGGAGUGGCUGAGGAACGGUCAUUUGAUCAGGGUUGCCGAGGGCAACACCCAGGGCACCAGCAGGGUCUGCAUCUGGCCGGUAACCCACGACGACAAUGCAGCCAUCUUCACUUGUCAGCAGAAGAACGAUACAAGCAUGAAUGCCUCGGUCCAACUGGAGGUCACCUAUGCCCCAUUGAACUCUGUGAUGGAGGAGGUGCUGGUGGAGGAGACGAGAGAGCUGGUAAUGUCUUGUGACGUAUUUGCCAACCCUCCAGUCUCUGUUUUAUGGGAGCAACACGGAGCUCCCAUCGACCUAUCAGAAAGCGGCUUCCAGAUGACGAAUGAUGGCAUCACAUCUCGUCUGAGGCUGGGGAAGGUGGCCAGGGCCAAGCACCAGGGUCUCUACAGCUGUGUGACGACAUCCCCUAAAUAUCCAACACCAAAUAACAAGUCCUUCCAGGUCACCGUCAAUGAUAAGACUCUUCAGGUGCAGUUGGAUCUGAUCUUCCCCAUCAUAGCGGGUGUGGUGGUGAUAGGAUUAACCACGCUGCUGGCUGUCAUCGCCCGCUGGAAGAGGAUCACACAGUGCUGCAAGCCUGCUCCCAACUUCGACAACAGCCAGUGAGAUCAGAGGAUUUGGUCACGAGCCAUUUCAUUGGAGGGCAGCUCCAGUGAGAGACUGUGAUUUGAUUCUGAUAAUCAGUUUGUUGGGCAGUACUGUGAAUCAGACAGUGGUUUAUUUUUAAAUCAAUUCUUAUUAAAGAUAUUGUGUUCUGUC